AUGGCUUCUCCCCGUCCUCCACACAACUUCGGUCCUCAAGGCUAUUCGCUCCCCAACGGUGCCUCCGGUCCAGUCCCUGGAGCCGCCCCUCUGCUGCCCAACAACGGACGAAUCAUCCAGAAUGGACCUGUAAGAGUAUUAUGUAUUGCGGAUGUGCGAGGAAAUUUGAGGUCUCUGAAUGAGUUGGCCAGACAAGCCCGCGCAGACCACAUCAUCCACACUGGCGAUUUUGGUUUCUACGACGACUCCUCGCUGGAGCGGAUUGCGGACAAGACUCUUAAGCAUGUCGCUCAAUACUCUCCCCUGUUGCCAGAACUUACAAAGCGCACGAUUGCUCAGACCCCUCCUCAGCAGUCGAUCAAGCAGCGAUUCACACCAGACCAACUACCCCUCUCAGAGCUUCCCUUGUUAUUGAACAAGACGUUUACUCUCGACGUUCCCGUAUAUACUGUGUGGGGUGCUUGUGAGGAUGUCAGAGUACUGGAGAAAUUCCGCUCUGGAGAAUACAAGGUCGACAAGCUCCACAUUAUCGAUGAAGCCAACUCACGGUUGCUGGACAUUGGCGGCGUUAAGCUGCGUCUGCUUGGACUGGGAGGUGCGGUGGUUAUGCACAAACUGUUUGACAAUGGAGAGGGCAAGACCACUAUUGCUGGCGGCCAAGGGACCAUGUGGACCACCCUGUUGCAGAUGGGAGAGCUGAUUGACACAGCUAAUCGUGUUUACGACCCGUCGGAAACCCGUGUCUUUGUCACCCACGCUUCACCUGCCCGCGAGGGAAUGCUAAACCAGCUCUCCGUAACCCUAAAGGCUGAUUUCUCCGUCUCCGCUGGGCUGCACUUCCGUUAUGGCUCAUCCUACAAUGAGUUUUCCGUGAACCCUUCACUCGACCACUACCGCGGCAAACUCGCCGCCUCCAAGGCUUCCUUUAACGAUGUUUGGGAGACUGUGCGGACUGAGGUUGAAAACGCCAUCUCCCAGAACGAUGCUCAAAAGACUCUUUUGGAGAAUGCCCUUGGCGUGGUAGACAGGAUGCCCUCGGUGGCUAAUGGAGGAAACCCCUUUGGUGGACCGACGCCUGGCAGCGGUGGCGGCCAGGUAGAUGAAAGCGCUUUCAAGAACAUGUGGAACUUCAACCUGGCGGAUGCUGCUUUUGGCUUCCUGGUCCUCGAGAUUGAAUCCGGCCGUAUCGGAACUGAAAUGCGAGCACAGGGCUUCAACUUUGCUCACCGUACCGGGAAGCCGCCGGUUUCUGGACCCGCCCAACCCGCAGCAGCUCAAGUAGCCCCCGGCGCCCCCGUUAGCGUUCCUUCUCCUGUCAAUGCUACUCGCCCGAAUGUUGCUACUCCUCAGUUUGGCCAGGCUCAGCCCAUUCCCACACGUGCUGCGCCUCCCACUCAACAACAGACUGCGCCGGCCAACAAGGGACCUGGCGCUCGCACAUCUCCCGCCCCUGUUAUUCCCAAGUCCGCGACUCCGCAGCCCUCUAGCACCCCGGCCACCGCUGGUGCUACGCCGUCUGUCGAAUCUGCCGAGACAUCGGCGCCUCCUGUCGAGGCCAACGGCAGCGCACACCCUGAAAAGCCGGGCGAAUCGCCGGUACCGAGAACCGAGCGGAAACAAAGCAACGCUCUCUUCGUGUCAAAUGUUGAUAAUGAGCAGGCUGCCCGGGAUCUCUUCGCCGAGGAGGACAAGGCUAAGCUCUUAAAGGUAGAGAAAUGGGGCAAGUACAACCAUGUCGCCACUUUUAGCAGUGUGGAGGAGGCCAAGGCCGCCCUUGAUCGCCUUCCCAUUGAGUACAAAAAGUCCACGCCUGCCGGCCAACCCCGCAGGCCUAAUGUCAAGUUCUUCGAAGACCGUGGUAGCCACCGUGGCAAUGCUGGCACGUGGCAGAGCAGCAAUCGGGGCGGUAGCAACACAACACAACGCGGGGGAUACCAGAGUGGAGGGGCCAGUGACAGCGAAACCGGCCGUGGACGAGGCUACGGCGGGCGAGGUGGUGGCCGUGGGCGUGGCGGUGACCGCGGCGGAAGGGGUGGACGAGGCGGUCGUGGAGGAUUCAACAAGGCCGAUUCAUCUACCCCCUCGACUUCUACCCCGUCCGGUGACAAGCCAGCCGCAUCUGGCGACGCCUAG